AUGACGAAGAAACUAUGUGGGACCAACUACCCAGUCAGCAUCUGCUUCAUAGUAGUGAACGAGUUCUGCGAACGCUUCUCCUACUAUGGCAUGAAAGCGGUGCUCACGCUCUACUUCCUCACCUACCUGCACUGGGACAAGGACCUCUCCACCGCUGUGUACCACGCCUUCAGCAGCCUCUGCUACUUCACACCCAUCCUGGGAGCUCUCAUCGCUGACUCCUGCCUCGGAAAAUUCAAGACCAUCAUCUACCUGUCUAUUGUCUACGUGAUCGGCCAUGUGGUCAAGUCGGUCGGAGCCAUUCCCACUGUGGGAAACAGCGACAUGCACAUCGCUCUGUCCAUGGUAGGUCUGAUACUCAUAGCUUUCGGCACCGGAGGAAUCAAACCCUGUGUGGCGGCUUUUGGUGGAGACCAGUUUGACGAGGAACAUGGCAGCGAGAGGCAGAAAUUCUUUUCCAUUUUCUACAUGUCAAUAAACGGUGGGAGCCUCCUGUCGACUGUGAUCACGCCCGUACUGAGAAGUGAUGUGCAGUGUUUCGGUGGCGACUGCUACGCUCUGGCCUUCGGGGUUCCUGCAGCUCUGAUGAUUGUGGCUUUAGUUGUGUUCAUUUCUGGCGGCAUACUGUACAAGAAGACCCCCCCCCAGGGAAACAUCCUGCUGGAAGUUUGCAAUUGCAUCGGGUUUGCAAUCAAAAACCGCUGGAAGAGAUCCAAGUAUGACUCCCAGAGGAAACACUGGCUGGACUGGGCUGAGGAGAAGUACUCGAAGCGUCUGAUCCAGGAGAUUAAGAUGGUGCUGCGUGUGUUGGUGCUCUACAUCCCGCUGCCAAUGUUCUGGGCUCUGUUCGAUCAGCAGGGUUCACGCUGGACGCUUCAAGCUACACGGAUGAACAUGGCGUUCGGAGAUUCCUUCACUGUUAAGCCGGACCAAAUGCAGAUGUUGAAUGCUCUGCUGAUUCUUCUCUUUGUGCCCAUCUUUGACCUCAUCAUAUAUCCGCUUGUUGGUUUCUGCAGGAUCAACGUCACGCCUCUGAGGAAAAUGGCCACAGGGAUGAUUUUUGCAGCGUUGGCCUUCGGAGCGGCGACACUGGUGGAGCUGAACGUUGUGAAAACGGUGGUGGACCCUGCGCCCGCGGGGAAAUGUCUCCUGCAGGUGUUUAACCUCGCAGAAGGUAACGUGAGUCUGAAGUUCCCCGGCAGCGACUUGUUUCAGGAGCCGAUCCGAUACCUCCAGGACCCUCAUAAGUAUGAGACGCUUCCGGCCUCCGGCGAGGAGCUGCAGAUCCAAGUCACCUUCAACGGGAACACCUCCGAGUGUUACCACAAGCUCCUCCAACACGAAGCCUACAGCCUCGUGUUGUACUCCGACGCCUCCACAGUCCACUGCAAACUUGUGGAUGACGACAUAACGAAAAAUGGAGAUGGGAACCCUCUCCUGAGGUUCCUCAACACACAGCCGGAGGCGUUCAACCUCACGGUUGGAGGCGUGACGUUCCAGCUGCCCUCCGCUCACAGCAUGUCUGUGAACAAGACUGUGGAUCGGGGAGAAUAUCCAGAAGUCAGCUGCAGCUUAUAUCCUGAGAAGUGCUCGAGCCUCGACCUGGGCCUGCUGGACUUUGGAGCUUCGUACACCGUCAUCCUGAUGGAGGAAGCAGGUACAUUUGUGGGUUACAAGAUGGAGGAUGUCAACGCCAACAACGUGCACAUAGCCUGGCAGAUCCCACAGUACGUCCUCAUCACCAUUGGAGAGGUCAUGUUCUCCAUCACAGGCCUGGAGUUCUCCUACUCACAGGCUCCAGCCAACAUGAAGUCCGUCCUGCAGGCCGGCUGGCUGCUCACUGUAGCGUUUGGGAACGUGAUCGUGCUGAUCGUGGCCGAGGGCGCCGGGCUGGAACAGUGGAAAGAGUUCCUGCUGUUCGCCGGCCUGCUGUUGGCCGUCUUCAUCAUCUUCUCCAUCAUGGCGUGCUUCUACACCUACGUCGACCCCGAUCAGCCGGACAAGACUUACCUGGGGGAUUCAGGGCGGGAGGAAGAUGAUGAUGACCACCUGAAGAAAAAAGUAAAGGACGUACACUUGAAAAGAGGGAAGAGCACCAAAUUGUAACCGUACUGCAUCUCUCUCACACACACACACACACACACACACACACACGUCACCUUCUCGGCUCAUGAAGCACCACGAUGUGAUCAUUGGACUUGUUAGAAGUAUUUGUCACAUCAGAUAAUAUAUUGUGUGAAACCUUCCUUAAUACUCCAGUCAUUAAUGUUUAACAGGGAAGUAUUCCCACACUGUGAUCAAUAAUAUUACAAAUGAAUGUCAAAUGUUAUAUUCUGUUUAUAUUUGUUGUGUAAAAUGUAAAUGUUCUAUGAAGUUAAAUGAUAAUCCUAACGUCUUCAGCGUGACAUGCAGAGGCUUCAGUUUACAUCGUGUCAGUGAUACUAACAGCACGUUAGAGGCCAUUAAUAUAACAUUAGUUAUUGGUAACCAUGUUUUUAAAUGAUGUCCUGCUGCCAUUAAGGACAAUAAAUCAUUUAUAAGUUUGGGUUUAAUGCACGACAAUAAGCAUUUGUAGCAAGUUAUUGAUUAACAGCUGUUCUUAUCUGAGAUUCAUGAGCCGACAGCUUUCUGUGCAGGAAACAAACCAAAUCAUUGGUUUUCUUAUCGUCCGUCUUCGUGGGUUUGUUGUUUGAAAUUUAAAGAAAGAUUAAAACGUGCAUUGUUAUCAAUUUUCUACAUUUUAAUAACUCCAAUAUUUUUGUACAACGAGACAUAAUGUGCCCAUUUGUACGUAAAAGAAAUGCAAGUCACGUCAGAGGAAAACAAAAUGUGUUUAUUAUUGUCUCGCUCAAGAGAUCAAACGCACACAUUUCAUUCGUCGUUCAUAAAUCACCGCACCAAUGAGAUCAGCCCUCGUGGUUGUUCCAUGACAAUCUUCAUUAGUAGAUGACAGGGAAGCAUCAUGCACAAAACAAAUGUUCACAUCUCAGCAACAUUAUCUUGAAUCAUGUGGAUUAUUAGCAUACUAAGUUGAUUUGAGUGGCCGUUCCUCUUGCUCUGGACGAAGCAACGCACAUUCUGAAACAGGAUUAGGAUGUGCAGGACAACAACACGAGGAAAGGUCAGAGCCGCUCGAUUGCGUCACUCAUCACAUUACGAUUAGUUUUGGAUGUGAUCUCACAUCCGGGGGUUAAUCACGAGGACGAUGAGAGGAAGACAGGAAGACAGGAAGUCCUCCUCCCCUCCCCUCCUCUCCUCUCUCCUCCUCCUCCUCCUUCUCCUUCUCCUUCUCCUUCUCCUUCUCCUUCUCCUCUCCUCUCCUCUCCUCUCCUCUCCUCCUCCUCCUCCCACGCUCUGCUACCAGCAGCUUGGAGGAGGAGAUUCUGCAGCCGAUUAUCUUUGUGCUGUGAGACACUCGUAGUGGAGAAGAGCCUCAUCAUGGCACGCUGGUGCAUUUGUGUCGUAACAAACGUUUCUGAUGUUCACACGUUUUGUUCUGCAGGAUAAUCUUCACAAAAGGAACUCUUAUCAUUUUUGGAGCCUAAAUGCAAAUGCCAGAAGUAAAGAGCUAAAGCUACACCACGGUCACAUGACUUCAACGUCAGCUAAAGGUUGAUGACGUCUCAUUUGGACACUUGUUAGCAUUCAAAUGGCACCAGUGGGGUUUAUUCUGAUGUAUUUUAUGUAGGAGAACAAACGUGAACAUCUCUGAAGCUCGUGUUCAGAUCUUAUUUCAGGGAUCCAACCAAAAACCCAUCAAGUGCAAAUAUGGUGACCAGUUCCUGUGUUUGUAGGAAUAACUAACAUGUGUUAUUCCUACAGUCAAUGAGAAGCGUUGGGCUCUUCAACACACAAACAUUUACAGCUGGGUUGGUGCAGUGGCCCUGUGACUUCCCGUGUGCCUUUCCAGUAAGAGCUCAGUGACACGGGAGAUGAUAUCAGGAUGCAGCAGGCAGUCCAACAGCUCAUUAGUGGUUAAUGUUGCGUGUGUUGGCUCCUCAUAAUCCCCUGAAGAGUUCUCCGACGUCUCAUCUGUACAGUCACGUGCUCUACAUUGAAUUAGACCAUCGCUACAUUCAGAUUUGUCCUGGUGCAGUCUGACAGCGGAUGCAAGCUUGUUUCUCAGUGCUGCGUCCGAGCUGCCGGCGCGGUCCUCUUGAGAUUCGACAUCGCAGCUCCUGGAAGAUUUGACCUCCAGAUCUUCCGUGGUUUCCGGCGAGUUCUCCUGCUGACAGCGUACGGGGAUGAGAAGCGGUCCAAAGGGAAUUCUGAAAGGCACAGAAUCCAUGAAGAAAUUGCUGUUAUUCCUGAUUUGUCCUCUGGAGUCCCGCUUGACUGGCCGGGUGUCUCCCGGGUCCCGGGUCAGUUUGCUGUGGCAGAGGCUCCCGUGUCUCUGAGCACACGCUGUCACUGCCAGGUUCACACAAUGCAUGUUCUCAUUAUGGGAUGCUACGCCUUCCUGCAGAAACGCAACACAAACAAGCUGUUAGAGAGAGGAGGGGAAGUCUAAAGCAGCAUGAAGGAGAUGUUUACCGUGCAAGGAAUCAUUUAGAGAUUCAAAUCCAAAAUGUUAACACUCUUAUUUUGGUUCUUUUUCUGUCACAGAUGCAUAUUUCCAGGGUUUCAACAAGUUACAUUUAAUACUUUUAAAAGGUCACGUAGUAUGAAAUGUAAUACCCGUUUGUAUUUCGUGGUCGUACAAAUGAAGUAUGAAUGAAAAUAAAUCCUAGAAUUACA